GGUGAUCUGAACCAUAGACAAGCGUGUCGAUAUUUCAGUUUGAAAACGCGCGCCAAACAGUCAGAAUGUGUUUUCGGGAGUUCGAAUGAGUUUGAAUUGAAUGAUCAUAUCCAGUGUGUAUCGAUAAAAAUUCAAAUGAAAGAAUGCCUCUGAUAGUGGAGAAUGACGAAAUUAAAGCAAAUUAAAACAGAUAGCCAAACGGAAGUUUGUGAAAGUGCAUGCAUUGAAAGACUCGAAUACAAUGAAUAAUCGAUAUGUGUGAAGUGAAAUUGAGUGACAAUGAGCAAAGUUCCGUUAAAAUUGAUUUUGUUUGCAACCUCAUUGAUAUUCAUCGCAAUACACGCACGGGAGUUUACCAUCGGCCCCUGUCAGCUUCAGUAUUAUGAACCAUGCAAUACCAAUGCUAUAGUUUUCUAUCUCUUCACAAGUGACAGCCCAAAUGAUGCCCCAAUGCUGCUGGAUAAUAUUGAUCCCAAAGUUCCCGAUAACGUUGAUCUCACCUAUCAAAAUAAAUUGAUAGUGCACGGCUAUAACGGACAUAUCGAUUAUAACGCUACGAAAAUAAUUCGCAAUGCCUAUCUGAAGCAGCCUCGCACAAAUGUGUUCGUCGUCGAUUGGGGGAAGCUCUCCCGACUGCCCUGCUACCCAACGGCGGCAUUCAACACCAAACAAGCCGGCGAAUGUACGGCGACUUUUCUCAUUGGUCUCAAGGCCAACCAUCCGGAGUUCAGCUGUCGGGAUCUGCACUCCAUUGGCUUCAGCUUGGGCGCACAUGUGCUCAGCUUCACCAGCAACGCACUGGAAAAAUCAAUCGGCGUGAAGUUCAGGCGGAUUACAGGUCUCGAUCCAGCGCUUCCCUUCUUCGCUACGGCUCGCCAACAGUGGAAACUGGACCUCACCGAUGCAGAUUUUGUCGACGUUAUUCACACAAAUGCCGGUGUGUUCGGCAAAAUUGAAACCUGUGGACAUGUGGAUUUCUACAUGAACGGCGGCCAAAGCCAACCGAUGUGCGAAAACGCAACAAAUCAACCACUGUGCAGCCAUAUGAUGGCCCCUGCCUUCUUUGCCGAAUCAAUCUCCAGCAAGAGCGGCUUCUGGGCAACCAAGUGCACCAGCUAUUUUUCCUACUUCUUUGGCUUCUGCCGGUACAAAGCCGAACAGAAGCAGUUUUCGCUGUUUGACGACAGUCAAAGCCAGGAAAUCAACGACAACAGUGUGACCGAUAGCGAUCGGGUAUUGAUGGGCGAGCACUGUUCAAAUACCGCCGAAGGUGUAUAUUUCGUGCCAACUAACAAGAAACCGCCGUUUGCAAUGGGCUAUUGAGAAGAUCCCAUGGUACACUUCCACAGCACAGGGACGUAAAGCAGCUGGAUCUGAUUAUGAGUUGCAAAGUUGUGAAACUACCAACGAAAAGUGAACCAUCGCAAUGGAUAGUUAUCUCGUGGCAGCAGAAUGUUCGAUGUAAAUAUGAUGAAAACAAAAAAAAACACUUAGGAAUGGAAUGAUCGAUUAUUAUAUAGUGAUGUGUUUCUCUAAGUUGGAAAUAGUGAAUAAUAGCUUAAUAUAUGUCUAUGUUACCACUGAAAGAUAUUGAAAUAUGGAGUAGUAGAACUGUAUUAAAGUUAUAAAUGUAAUAUUGGAUCAGUAUUUAUAAAAACGAAUCUCUAGUUUUAAUUUUGUUCUGAAAUCUCCAAAUAAUAUAGAAAAAUAGGAAUAUGCAACUUUUAGCUCAUUAACAUUUAAUAAAUUCGUUAGUAUCGUUUUCCUAUUUAAAAAUGAAAUAUAACAGUAG